CAGAGAGCUCAGCCCUUCACAUCUCCUCUUGCAUGCAACUCACUGAGAGGGAGAGGCAAGCAAGACCUCCCUUCUCCGCCGGCAUCUCAAGCCACCAAGGACCUGCUUUCACACCUCCAACACUCCCCCUCCCUCCUUCCUUACCACUCCCUCCCAGAGAGAGCAAAAGAGAGAGAGAGAGGGAGAAAGACACUGAUUGGAAUCUUAGCCUUCUCCAAGAAGAAACAUACCCAGCAAACUCAGUUGAUUAAACAUCAAACAGACAGACAGACAGACAGACAGACCCUAAAGACUCUGCUCAGCUGGAAAGGUUCUGCAGGGAUUUUGUUUGGAGCCUUUGAACCCUUCUGAGUGCUGGGGGAUGAGUUAUGGGCUGGAUUGCCUUUGGCACCCCAUCAUGAAGCCUGAUCUUGCUUCUGCUCUCCUAGAGCUGUGCUCUGCCUGAGCUCUCCGCUUUGCUCGACCCCCAUCCAUCUGGUCUUCUGCCACUAGGAAGUAGCCUUCAGGAUUGGCCUUGUCCUGUUUCUACCCUUCACUCUGCUCACCUCACUGCUCUUCCCUCAGACAUUGUUGCUGCCCUUGCACCCCCAUUACCCCAGGUCCCCAGUGGCAUCUGGGGCUUGAGUAGCAUAAGGACUCUUCUUUGAGGGAAGAACAUUUCCUGAAGGAUUCCCCAAACCCACUCUAUAUCUUCUCCUUGAUCAAGGCCUCCGGAUCUACAUGGAUAGCUGAGAUCUUUUCUUGGAGAGGAACACCUUCCCUUCCUCCAGCCCUUCCUCCAUUCUCUCCUGCUCUCCUCUUCCUCUAUUGCCCCUUCCAACUCCUCUUUCUUGUCUCUGUUCUCAAAGGAUUAUUGGUUGCAACAGCUGUCUCUGAUACCUGGCUGGUGUCACACACAUACUGUCUUUUUCUCUCUGUGUGUGUAUUUUUUUCUGGCUGCUUUUUUCUUCUAUUUGGCAUUCUGUUUUCUACCGACAGAGAAACACUCAGUUUAUUCCCCUGAAGUUCCCUUCCUUUCCCUCAGCCUAGUUCACCUACAGCUUUGGGGCCUAUCCCCAACAGUAGCCAUGGGCUUCACCCUUCACUCGAUUUACUUCACUCUGAAGUUCAGUGUUCUGCUUGGCUCCCUUCUGGGCCUUUGCUUGGGCCUGGAGUUCAUGGGCCUUCCAAACCAGUGGGCCCGCUCUCGCUGGGAUGCCAGUACUCGAAGUGACCUGAGCUUCCUCAAGACCAACAUGUCAGCCGGGCUGCUUCUCUACUUGGACGAUGGUGGUGUUUGCGACUUCCUCUGCCUCUCCCUGGUGGAUGGUCGUGUCCAGCUCCGUUUCAGUGUGGACUGUGCUGAAACAGCUGUGCUGUCAGACAAGCAGGUCAAUGAUAGCAGCUGGCUCCUGAUGGUGAGCCGUGACCGAAUGAGGACAGUGCUGGUGCUGGAUGGGGAGGCCAGGCCUGGGGAGGUCCAGCCUCAGCGGCCCCAUAUGGAUGUGGUCAGUGACUUGUUUGUCGGAGGAGUUCCGGCUGAUAUACGGCCCUCUGCCCUGACUCUGGAUGGGGUUGCAGGCCAUGCCUGCCUUCAAGGGAUUUAUCCUGAUCUUAAAUAUGGCAACUCAGAACCUCGUCUUCUGGGGACCCAGGGGGCCUAUCUGGAGGCCGAGGGUCCUUGUGCUGAGCCCUUGGUGAAUGGUGGAGUCUGUUUCCUCCUGGAUGGCCACCCAACCUGUGACUGCUCCGCCACUGGCUAUGGUGGCAAGCUCUGCUCCGAAGAUGUCAGUCAAAGUCCAGGCCUUUCGCAUCUCAUGAUGAGCGAACAAGGUAGAAGUAAAGCACGAGAUGAGAAUGUGGCCACCUUCCGGGGCUCCGAGUACCUGUGCUACGACCUGUCUCAGAACCCAAUCCAGAGCAGCAGCGACGAGAUCACCCUUUCCUUUAAGACGUGGCAGCGUAACGGGCUCAUCCUGCACACCGGCAAAUCGGCUGAUUACGUCAACCUGGCGCUGAAAGAUGGUGCGGUCUCCUUAGUCAUUAACCUCGGGUCAGGGGCCUUUGAGGCUAUUGUGGAACCCGUGAAUGGCAAGUUCAAUGACAACGCCUGGCACGAUGUCAAAGUGACCCGCAACCUUCGGCAGCACUCAGGCAUUGGACACGCUAUGGUAACAAUUUCAGUGGAUGGAAUCCUCACUACAACAGGAUACACACAAGAGGACUACACAAUGCUGGGCUCGGAUGACUUCUUUUAUGUGGGAGGGAGUCCCAGUACUGCCGACCUUCCAGGUUCACCUGUCAGCAACAACUUCAUGGGCUGCCUCAAAGAGGUUGUUUAUAAGAAUAACGAUAUCCGUCUGGAGCUGUCUCGCUUGGCCAGAAUUGGUGACACCAAGAUGAAAAUCUAUGGCGAGGUGGUAUUCAAGUGCGAAAAUGUGGCCACACUGGACCCUAUCAACUUUGAGACCCCUGAGGCUUACAUCAGCCUUCCCAAGUGGAACACCAAGAGGAUGGGCUCAAUCUCCUUUGACUUCCGUACAACAGAACCCAAUGGCCUCAUCCUUUUCACUCAUGGCAAGCCCCAGGAAAGAAAGGAUUCCCGGAGUCAAAAGAACACCAAAGUAGACUUCUUUGCUGUCGAACUGCUAGAUGGGAACCUCUACCUGCUCCUUGAUAUGGGUUCUGGCACCAUCAAAGUGAAAGCCACCCAGAAGAAAGCAAACGAUGGUGAAUGGUAUCAUGUGGACAUUCAACGGGAUGGCAGAUCAGGUACCAUAUCAGUGAACAGCAGGCGUACCCCAUUCACAGCCAGUGGAGAGAGUGAGAUCUUGGACUUGGAGGGGGACAUGUACCUGGGUGGACUGCCAGAGAACCGUGCGGGGCUGAUCCUCCCUACAGAGCUCUGGACUGCCAUGCUGAAUUAUGGCUACGUGGGCUGCAUUCGAGACCUGUUCAUCGACGGACGGAGCAAGAACAUCCGGCAGCUGGCAGAAGUGCAGAAUGCCGCAGGGGUCAAGUCUUCUUGCUCUAGGCUUAGCACAAAGCAGUGCGACAGCUACCCUUGCAAAAACAAUGCUGUUUGCAAGGAUGGCUGGAACCGCUUCAUCUGUGACUGCACUGGCACCGGCUACUGGGGGAGAACAUGUGAGAGGGAGGCUUCUAUCCUGAGCUACGAUGGCAGCAUGUACAUGAAGAUUAUCAUGCCUAUGGUCAUGCACACUGAGGCUGAGGAUGUGUCUUUCCGUUUCAUGUCCCAGCGUGCUUAUGGCCUGCUGGUUGCCACCACUUCCAGGGAUUCAGCCGACACUCUACGCUUGGAGCUGGAUGGGGGUCGUGUCAAGCUCAUGGUUAACUUAGACUGUAUCAGGAUAAACUGUAACUCCAGCAAAGGACCAGAGACACUUUAUGCUGGACAGAAACUCAACGACAAUGAAUGGCACACUGUACGGGUGGUGAGGAGAGGAAAAAGCCUUAAGCUUACUGUGGAUGAUGAUGUGGCUGAAGGUACAAUGGUGGGUGACCACACCCGCUUAGAGUUCCAUAAUAUUGAAACAGGCAUCAUGACAGAGAAGCGCUACAUCUCAGUUAUCCCCUCAAGUUUCAUUGGCCACCUACAGAGCCUCAUGUUUAAUGGACUCCUCUACAUUGACUUAUGCAAGAAUGGUGACAUUGACUACUGUGAGCUAAAGGCCCGUUUUGGCUUGAGAAAUAUCAUCGCUGACCCUGUCACCUUCAAGACCAAGAGUAGCUACCUGAGCCUGGCCACUCUCCAGGCCUACACCUCCAUGCACCUCUUCUUCCAGUUUAAGACCACUUCAGCUGAUGGCUUCAUCCUCUUCAACAGUGGGGAUGGCAAUGAUUUUAUUGCAGUUGAACUAGUCAAAGGGUAUAUACACUAUGUAUUUGACCUUGGAAAUGGUCCCAAUGUCAUCAAGGGCAAUAGCGACCGACCACUGAAUGAUAACCAAUGGCAUAAUGUUGUCAUCACCAGGGACAACAGUAAUACUCACAGCCUGAAGGUGGACACCAAGGUGGUCACUCAGGUUAUCAAUGGUGCCAAAAAUCUGGAUCUGAAAGGUGACCUCUACAUGGCUGGCCUUGCUCAAGGCAUGUAUAGCAACCUCCCAAAGCUUGUGGCCUCACGGGAUGGCUUCCAAGGCUGUCUAGCAUCUGUGGACUUAAAUGGGCGCCUGCCAGAUCUGAUCAAUGAUGCUCUUCAUAGGAGUGGGCAGAUCGAGCGUGGAUGUGAAGUUGCGUUGACCAAAGCUGACCUGCAAGGACCAAGCACCACCUGCCAGGAAGAUUCAUGUGCCAACCAAGUGUCUGCAUGCAGCAAUGGGAAGGUUUCACCUGUGGACUGUUCCAUGACCUCCUACUCUGGGAAUCAAUUGCAAUGA